CCGCCCGCGUUCUCCCUCUCACUCCGCAGCAGCCGUUGCACUCAGCGCAUCGCAAUGCCCGAACCGGCGAAAUCCGCUCCCGCUCCUAAAAAAGGCUCAAAGAAAGCGGUGACCAAAACCCAAAAAAAGGGGGAUAAGAAGCGGCGGCGCAGCCGCAAAGAGAGUUAUUCCAUUUACGUCUACAAAGUGCUGAAACAGGUUCACCCCGACACCGGCAUUUCCUCCAAGGCUAUGGGCAUCAUGAAUUCCUUUGUCAACGACAUCUUCGAGCGCAUCGCAGGGGAAGCUUCGCGCUUGGCUCACUACAACAAACGCUCCACCAUCACCUCGCGGGAGAUCCAAACAGCGGUUCGGCUCCUUUUACCCGGCGAAUUAGCCAAGCACGCCGUCUCCGAGGGCACUAAAGCCGUCACUAAAUACACCAGCUCCAAAUAAACCCGCUCGGCUUCGCUUCAACCCAACGGCUCUUUUCAGAGCCACCUACUUUUUCAUUAAAAGAGUUGAGGUUACUGCCGAAAUCCCCUUUA